AUGGUAAACAAACUUAAUGUUUGGAUGCCGCACGAAUUGAACAAAAAUAAUGUAAUGGGCCGAAUUUUAGCCACCAAUUCGCUACUCAAACGCCAUCAAAACGAACCAUUUUUAAAGCAGAUAAUCUCUGGCGAUUUAAAGUGGAUUGUCUACAACAAUAAAAGCAUCGUCUAUUAUGAGCUACUGCCACCCAACAAACCGAUUGAUUCGAACAAGCACGGCUCACAACUGGUCAAAUCAAUGCCAGCAAUUGAUCAGAAGCUGCUUCAAUUGGCGAAUAGAAAGGGCGUUACGUUCCACCAGAACAACGUUAAACAACAGGUUUCUCUGAUGACUCGGCAAAAGUUAUUGCAGCUUGGGUGGGAUGUUUUGUUACGCCCAAAGUAUAAUUCGGACCUUGCACCUUCAGACUAUCACUUGUUCCGGGCGUUACAGAACAAUUUGAAUAACAAAACCUUCAGUUCCUUGGACGCCCUCAAAAACCACUUGGAUGACUUUUUUGCCCAAAAAUCUCAGGACUUCUAUGAAAGAAGGACAUGA